AUUAAGCCUGAUUAUGGGAUGCCCGGCAGAGGGAAAGGGUCUAUGUGUCAAGUGUGUCAUCGAGUGAUUUAUAUCCCUGGCUGGGAUCUCUGUCUUGUCAGUCGGGCGUAAGCUGCGGAGAGGAGAGCGAAGCACCGAAGCCUUCAAUGAUGCUGAUGAAACUUUGAUGCUUUCUUUUUUCUCUAAUGUGUGAACACAGAAGUUGUGGCCAUGCCUUGGCUCCUUUAGUGGACAUCCAGGGGUUUCUGUGUGUUUCUCAUGCUGACGCUGCUGCUGAACCUUGACCUGUCGCCGCUCUCCAAGGAUCCCUGUCGAAGUCAGUUUGACUCAAACUGUCCGUCGUCAACAUGGACGCCAAGGGCCCGGGCUCCACCUUUAAAAGGUCCUCGCUCAAACGAACCACAUCUGGCUCGCAGAAGGCACAGAAAGCUUGGAUUGAGAGGACCUUUCUCAAAAGAGAAUGUGUUCACAUAUUUCCCACCAAGGACCCAACCAGAUGUGCCUGUGGUCAGCUGACAACGCAGCACGCGGCCAUUCCUCCUGGUGCCAACUCGGUAGAGGAAACGAACCAGCUGGUGCAGCUCGACACCCCAAAGGAUAAAUGGACGUUGUUAAAAUACACCAGAACGUACCCAACAGACGCCUUUGGCCUAAUUGAGUUCCAGGGUGGAGGAUUCAUCAACAAGGCCAUGUACAUCCGGGUUUCCUACGACACGAAGCCUGACAACCUGCUGCAUCUGAUGGUGAAGGAUUGGCAGCUGGAGCUGCCCACGUUGCUCAUCUCUGUUCAUGGCGGCCUCCAGAACUUCGACCUCCAGCCCAAACUCAAGCAGGUGUUUGGCAAAGGCCUGAUCAAAGCUGCGGUCACCACUGGAGCGUGGAUCUUCACGGGCGGAGUCAACACGGGGGUGAUCCGUCAUGUGGGAGAUGCCUUGAAGGACCACUCCUCCAAGUCACGAGGGAAGGUGUGUGCAAUUGGAAUUGCUCCAUGGGGGAUCCUGGAGAACAAAGAGGACCUCAUUGGGAAAGAUGUAACCAGACCCUAUCAGACGAUGGCAAACCCCCUGAGCAAACUGGCUGUGCUCAACAACAGCCACUCCCACUUCAUCCUGACUGACAACGGCACCUGCGGGAAGUAUGGCUCUGAAGUCAAACUGCGUCGACUGCUGGAGAAGCACAUCUCCCUGCAGAAGAUUAACACUCGUCUGGGUCAGGGCGUCCCCCUGGUGUGUCUGAUUGUGGAGGGAGGCCCCAACGUGAUCUCCAUCGCCCUGGAGAGCCUGAGAGACGAUCCUCCCAUCCCCGUGGUGGUGUGCGACGGCAGCGGCCGAGCUUCUGACAUCAUUUCCUUCGCGCACAGGUUCUCAGAGGAUGGAGGCCUGGUUAAUGAUGACGUCCGAGACCAACUGUUGGUGACUAUUCAGAAGACCUUCAAUUACACCAAAAGCCAAUCGCAGCAAAUCCUGCUCAUGGUAAUGGAGUGCAUGAAGAAAAGGGAGCUGAUCACAGUUUUUCGAAUGGGUUCUGAGGGACAACAAGAUAUUGAAAUGGCCAUUCUCACAGCCUUGUUAAAAGGCACCAAUGCUUCAGCAGCAGAUCAGCUCAGUUUGGCUCUGGCCUGGAACAGAGUGGAUAUCGCACGCAAUCACAUCUUUGUCUACGGACACAAUUUACCCCCUGCCGGAAUGAUGACCUCCACUACAUCUACAGCCAUGACGCAGGAGAAGCAGAGGAGUCCCGCCAGCGCUCCUCGCAGUAAGACCCGGGGAAAGAAGGGCAAAGGGAAAGGAAAGGCAAAGCCUGAGCCUCCAGAAGAAACAGACCCCAGGAAGUUGGAGUGUAUUCGUUGGGUGAACUCUCUGGAGCAGGCGAUGAUGGAUGCUCUGGUGCUGGACAGAGUGGACUUUGUCAAACUGCUUCUUGAGAAUGGUGUCAAUAUUCACCACUUUCUCACCAUUCCCAGACUGGAGGAGUUAUACAACACGAAACUAGGCCCGGCUAACACCCUGCAUGCUGUGGUUAGGGACGUCAAAAAGGGAAACCUUCCUCCAGAUUAUCAGAUCACUCUGAUUGACAUUGGUCUGGUGCUGGAGUACCUCAUGGGUGGAGCGUACAGGAGCAAUUACACCAGGAAGGCUUUCCGUAACCUCUACAAUAAUUUGUAUGGACUAAAAAGGCCAAAAGCUCUAAAGCUCCUUGGAAUGGAGGACGAUGAACCCAGGACCAAAGGCAAGAAAAAGGCAAAAAAGAAGAAAGAGGAAGAAGUUGAAAUCGACGCGGAUGACCCUGAGGUCUGUCGUUUCAAGUUCCCCUUCCACGAGCUGAUGCUGUGGGGGGUGCUGAUGAAGCGCCAGAAGAUGGCGCUCUUCCUCUGGCAACGUGGAGAGGAGGCCAUGGCAAAGGCCCUGGUGGCUUGUAAACUAUACAAAGCCAUGGCUCAUGAUUGCUCUGAGAGUGAACUGGUGGAUGACAUCUCCCAAGACCUGGAGAACAACUCCAAAGAAUUUGGCCAGUUGGCGUAUGAGAUGUUAGAUCAAUCCUACAAGCAUGAUGAGCAGGUGGCCAUGAAACUCUUAACAUACGAGCUGGUAAACUGGAGUAACUCCACCUGUCUGAAGCUGGCUGUGGCUGCAAAGCAACGCGACUUCAUCGCCCACACCUGCAGCCAGAUGUUGCUCACUGAGAUGUGGAUGGGUUGCUUAAGGUUCGGCAAGAAUCCAGGCCUAAAGGUUAUUCUGGGAAUCAUCUUUCCUCCUAUGAUUCUACUGUUGGAUUUCCGUCUUGGCGAUGAUGCAUCCUAUCACGCACCUGACAGCAAAGACAAGGGAAAAGACAAGGACGACGACGCAAAAUCCGGCAAGGAUCCCAAUUCGGAUGCAACUUCCCGAAAGGGAGACGAAGAGGAGGGUAGCACGCACGUCCGCAAAAUUCCGAUUGGCAAAAGGAUCUUUGAGUUUUACGACGCACCCUUCACCAAAUUCUGGUUCAACACGAUUUGCUAUCUGGGAUAUUUGAUGCUGUACAACUACAUAAUCCUGGUGAAAAUGGAGCGAUUGCCAUGUUUACAGGAGUGGACUGUCAUUGCAUACAUCAUCACGCUUGGCGCUGAAAAAGUCAGACAGAUUCUGAUGUCAGAGCCGGGAAAGCUGAGACAGAAGAUAAGUGUGUGGAUGGAGGAGUACUGGAACAUAACAGACAUGGUCGCCAUUGCCACCUUCCUGUUUGGGCUUAUGCUUCGGCUGCAGCAUGAGCCUUACAUGGGCUAUGGCCGAGUCAUCUACUGUAUAGACAUUAUCUUCUGGUACAUUCGUGUCCUGGACAUCUUUGGAGUCAACAAAUACCUGGGACCCUAUGUGAUGAUGAUCGGGAAGAUGAUGAUUGAUAUGAUGUACUUUGUAGUGAUCAUGCUGGUGGUGCUCAUGAGCUUCGGGGUGGCUCGGCAGGCCAUCCUUCACCCAGAUGAGGAGCCGACCUGGCGCCUGGCCAGAAACAUUUUCUACAUGCCCUACUGGAUGAUUUAUGGAGAGAUUUUUGCGGACUCGAUAGACCUCUAUGCAAUGGAAAUCAACCCUCCGUGUGGUGAACAUUUAUAUGACGAAGAUGGAAAGAAACUGCCUCCCUGCAUCCCGGGUGCCUGGCUCACACCUGCUAUUAUGGCCUGUUACCUUCUCGUCGCAAACAUUCUUCUGGUCAACUUGCUCAUUGCAGUCUUUAACAACACCUUCUUUGAGGUCAAGUCCAUUUCCAACCAGAUAUGGAAGUUCCAGAGAUAUCAGCUGAUCAUGACCUUUCAUGACCGUCCCAUCCUUCCUCCGCCUCUCAUCAUCUUCAGCCACCUCUACAUCAUCUUCAGCCGGCUGUGUCGUCGGUGUGCCACGAAGAAACAAGAGGGAGAGCUGGAUGAGAAGGACCGAGGCCUCAAGCUCAGGCUGAAUCCAGAGGAGUUAAAAAGUCUCUACGAGUUCGAAGAACAGUGUGUGGAGGAAUAUUUCCGUGCAAAAGAGGACCAGCAGCAGUCCUCCAGUGACGAACGCAUCAAGGUUACCUCAGAAAGAGUUGAGAAUAUGUCCAUGCGUCUGGAGGAGGUAAAUGAGAGGGAGAACACUAUGAAGGCCUCUCUUCAGACCGUGGAUCUGCGUUUGGCUCAACUGGAAGAGAUCCACGGACGAAUGGCAGUCGCCCUUGAAAAACUUGCAGGUGUGGACAGACUGGAGCUGACCAGAACCUACUCACGAAACUCCUCAGUGUGCGACCCGUCCUCUCUCCUUCGUCAGGGCAGUAUUAACAGUGCCGAUGGUUACAGCCUUUAUCGUUUCAACAUGGACAUGGAGGAGUUUGCACAGAAGCAGAAGGACACCGAUGAGAUGACCAAAACUGGUCUAGAGAGGCAGAGGAGUCUGCGGCAAGCCUCCAGUGCUCUCAACACAAAGGAUGGUGGUCAGACCUUAGAUGUUGCAGGUUUGGAGAGAUCGAGGCCCAGCUCUUGUGUUGACAUUCUCAUAUCUCCAUGUGAACAAAAGCCUGCUUCUGCAGCAUCAAGUCAAGAGACCAUAACCAACAUAAAAGGCAGCACAUUGCUGAUAGACAGCCUAACUGACAAGGAUAGACUAAAACCUUCUUCCUCUCCAAAAAGGACCAAAUCCUUGAGGUACUAUCCGGUUGAAGACCAACCCACAUCUCCUUUGACGAAGAGGAGGGCUAUGAGCACCAUCAUUAUCAGCCCUCCUGAUGAACCAGCUGAAAAAACGAAAAAAGGCUCCAUGCUGUUGGGAGCGUCCUCUUCUCCAAAGAGAACUGAAUCUUUGAGAUACGUCCCCACUGAAACCCAGAGUCAAACUUCUCCUAUCACAAAGAAGAGGGCAAUGAGCAGCAUUAUCUACAACCCAGCAGAAGCAGGUGACCAUGUGCUGCAGACUGCAGACUACAGGUCACUGGUGGAGCAAGUAACUAAAGCGCCAAAUCAGUGGCCGGGAAACUUAGAGUAUCAGGUGCACCCCAGCACUUUGGGGCAUUUGCCUAAGGUAUCAACAGUCAGGACUCUUGCCCAGCAGUUUCAAACUAGCGCCGCCCCUGCAGUGCUUGAAAAAGAGGAGAAAAGUCUGACUGAUCCAAGUCCUUCAGAAAGCGAGCGGGCGGCAGAGCCCAUGCCAGAUCAAACCAAGAUGAAGGCGAAGAGAAACCUCUCAGACGCCACUGAGUAUCUGACUGUGGCUGAUGCAACUUACUUGCCAUCUAACAGGUCACAGAGCUGGAAUGCAAGCUUGAGGAAAACAAAGAGCUUGAUGGUUUGCAAGGAGCCCGGAGCCUCCAGCAGCGAGAGAGACCUCACUGAAGUCCACAGGGUGGCAGAUGACGGAGGGGAAGAUGUGGGGAAGAAGAUGGAGGCAGAGAAGAGCGAAGAUGAAGCACAGGAAAAGAAAUGAGAGCUACAAAGAGAGGAGGUUGAUUAGAGCAGAAAUAGGGGACAAAAAAACAGAAUGAGGAAGGUAUUUGAGAGGAAGAGGAACUGCGAGGCGUGUUACAGCCAGAGGCCACUGAUGUCUAUGAAACAAUGUUCACAACCACGACCUAAACUUGAUGAUAAUGAUUACUAAACUCUCCAAUCUUGCAGUAAAUGUUAACCGUUGUUGCAAAAUAGUGAAAACCAACAUAAUAUUCUCUUUUGAAGAUCCACUUUCUUUACUGUCUCUUUUCAUUGGUGUAACAUACAGUAGCUUACGAAGACAAUCAUUCACAUUACAGCUUUCCCAUGUCAUUGUGUUUUCACUGUAGAGACGAAAAGGGCAACAUGUUUGAUGUCUACAGUUUAGGUGAAACUAAAGGAUAUAUACAACUCUUAAUAAUCACGUGUACACAAUGUGAACAGCAAAAACAUGAAUGUCCUAUAUAUGGUUGACACUUUGAAAUACAGUCUGUAAACAUUUUUGAGAUAUAAUGUAUAAUGUGCUCAAUAAUGUCCCACUCUGAGGCGUCCCUACAGCUUCCAUGCAAAUACUGACAACUGCAUAACAAUAUGUAUUAAGUACAUCUUCCAAGAAACAAAGAACCUUUUCCUUUCAUUUUGUCACACAAACCUGUAUAAAUAAAGGUUCUGUUUGAAAAGAAUAAAUAAAAAUUGAGAGAAUACA